CAGCAAAUCUGAUAUUGAUGAUGCAUGGCUUACAUCACACAAUGAAGACUUCAAGGAUAAAGUUCUUUCAAAAACAUGUAUCCUGACACCAAAGACAUCUGAAAAUCAAAUCAAGCAAAUACAUCUUCAACAAUUGCAUCUAGAAAAAAUGUCUCAAGAAUCACAAAUAAAUAGGGAAUGUGACAAAGAGGAUACAUCUGCAUAUUCAGGACACCCAUCUGUGCAAAAGGAUGAGGAAAUGUGCAUCAAACAAAGCACCUUUGAGCAGAGGGAGAACUUACAACUUUCCAAAGAUGAGUCAAAGCAGAAGUCACAUGAAUUUUCUGGAAAAUUCAAAAUGACUGAGUGCCCUGAGGAAGAGCCGCCACGUGAUAACUCUAAAGGAGGAGCAAGCUUAAGACAAAUGCCUUCUAAUUUGACAAGUAAAAUACUUGAUUGUGAGGGGAAAGAUGCAUUUAGAAUGUCUGUCUCUGCAGCACUACAAACAUUUCCUGAAAGAGAAGAACCCACUCUCAAAAUUGUUCCUCCAUCUCAUGCAGACCCUGGGUCCCCUGAAGACUCUCCCUUGUCAUCUUCUGAGCUUCCUUUAAGAGAAAAAGAAUUACACUCUGAAAAUGAACACAAACCUGACACAGAAAAUGUUUUAAACAAAAAUGAGAGUUUUUAUAAUGAGACAGAAAAUAAAAAAGUAAGACACCCAAUAGUUACAUCUGAAGCAAGAGAAGACCAAGAGAUUGCUAUGCAGAUGACAAAAAAUAUAAAUCCAAAUACCAGGGAUUGGAAAUUAGGCAUCAGACCUACACCUCAGACUCAUGAUCCAAAAAGCCAUUUUGAUUUGAGGCUUGUCCACUGCAAUGAAACAAAACCCAUGACUGAAUUAAAAAGCCACCAUAUGCCUGCUGUAACAAAAACUUAUAUGGAAAUAAAGCCAAAUCAAGACUUGUUCCAGAAGCCAUUAUGUGCAGAUAAUUGCAGUGCUAAUUAUUUUAAAAGCAUGGACUCUAAAUUAAAAGAUGAGAGUUCCUCUGCACUGCACAAUGACAGAACACCUGGAGUAUAUGUAAAUGAAGAAGAUUUACAAAGGCUUAAGAAUGAUGUAGACAUGGUAAAAGUAGAGCCCCUGGCUUGGAAAAGAAAGAAAAUUCAACUUCAAAAAGAGGUUGAAGUAAAAAUGGAGCAGGAAAACAGUAAAAGGGAAGUGUCAGGAAACACGCAUGAUGGUACUGAUGACAGUGAGAGUGGUGGAUGGAGUCAGAAGAGCAAAAGUGAACAAACUGAUAAGCAGCAGGUUUCUAUUAUGGAGGAUGAAGAUUCUUACAGUGAAAGUGGAAGCAAGGAAGGGAGAGACAGAACACUCCAUGUGAGAGAAACACGUCAAGUAUACCAGGGCUGGGGAUGGAACCUGAAACCCAGACUUUGCAGCAAAACUGGCAUUGAUGAUGAUUCAAAGCAUACAUCACACAAUGAAGACUUGAAGGUAAAGUGCUCCUUUGUGAAAUUAAUUUUCCUGCUGUCAAUUUAAUUUUGUGUGGCACUUACUCUUAUAAUUUUGUAGCAGCCUACCUAUCAU